GUAUGCUGGUCUGGCCCGAACGCGGCUGCAUCCCCGUGCCAGACCAGCGAGCAAGUAGUAACGCUAACGUUAGAAUUUUGUCUUUUGUUUAUUCUUUAUGUUUAUUUCGCCGGGGAAGAAGGGAAGCCCGAGAAACGUGGUAUCGUUGGAACGGGUUGCUGGUGGUCGGGGAUCGGUCAGAAAAUACGCAUCAGCGUCAGUUGCACGCAAGGAUUCGCAACGGUGGAUCAAGUAGUCGAAAGCGUAUUCAGGCAGCCUUCAACGUAAACAAAAAUGGAGCUAGGGGCGGGAGAGCCGCAGAUUUGUCGACUCUGCGGCCAGUGCGAGAGUAUAUACAUUGACGUGUUCGGCGAAGAGGGUACCAAGAGAUUCCUAGGCCUUAAGAUUUAUUCGAAAAUCAACAUUCUGAUGAAAGAGAACGAUGGAUUGCCGCGAAAUGUUUGUAUACGAUGUGUCGGUACAUUGGAAUUUUUCUGCGACUUUUAUGACUGCUGCCACACCACUCAAAAGCAGUUCUUGGAGGUUACCAAGAAUGAGUCGCAAGGAACGUGUCAACGAGAAAGCGAUGCCGAAUCCGACAAAGAGAAUGCUUUUCCACCAUCAAACGACGGGAAACGUAAAGUAAAAGCUUUAUCAGUCGGAAAACAAUCAGAAACACAGUCAGCAAACAGUUCAGUUUCGAAGAAAAAAUCUGUGAUAGAUGCAACAGUUGAAAAAGAUGAAAGAACAAUAGCUCACGGUAAAAGAUCAGAAUUUAUGCAUAGUGCAAUAAAGAUCAUUUCACCUCUGAAAGAUGAUGCCUACAAGAGUAUACAUUCGCAACAACCCUUACGUCGUAAAAGAGGCAGAAAAAGUCAAGCAAAGAAGAUGGAAGAAAGCAGUUUAUUUUCGAGUCUUAAGAGGAAACUGCAAAACAAUAUAAACAACGAAAAAGUAACUGAUAAUCAGUAUAAGAGGCAUUGCCUGCGCGCAAUCUCGAUGAAUAGUAAAUCUAACGAGAUUCAUAAUUCUGUGAUACCAUCCAAGUCUAAAAUCGAAGAAGCUGCGAAGGGACAAAUAGUAGUAGGCGCGUUAUCAAAUGAAUUUCUUGACAAAAAUAACGAAAACGAUCCUCUAUCCAAUGAUAGCACGCUCGAAACUAAUAACAAAGACUUGGUUGCAGUUAAAGAUUCCGUGAAGAAGCAAAGCAAAGCGAUAUCGGUUAUCGUGAAGCAAGAAAAAGGGGAGACUACGGGUACAUUUUCUCAACAAAGUAGAAAAACAAAUGAGCUCGUCUGGAUUCCUAGUGAUAUGUUGAUGCAAGGAGAAGAAAAUUUUGUAACUGUUAAAACUCCAAAGGUUCAACAGGACAUGGAAUCGUUGCACCUAUUAGAGGAGGAAACAAAAGAAAUUAGUAAUAGUAAAAGUGAUUAUACAGUACAAGCUGAUGAUACAAAGCAUUUCGAUGGUACAACCACCGCUGUUCCCGAGGAUCUGAAAUCCAAAAUAUUCACAGAACAAAAUCGUGAGACCGUUAUACGUUCCUUUCAGACUAACGAGAACAUCAUUCCAAAAGAGAUACAGGUAAAUAAAACGGAAUUAGAUGUUAAAGUGGAUACGACGAAUGAGAAUAUACAAGAUGAUUUGGAAUCUGAUGAAGGCGAUAUGUCGUUGUCGCAACGACUCAUUCGAAAUAGAAAGAAAAGAGAUAAAUCGUUCGGGAAAAUCUCCCAGUUGAUAAGCAACGAACAGAAAGAAGCUAUCGAAACUUAUUACGUGGUCGACAUGUCGGUCGUUAACUCGGCUGAAGUGCAGCAGAAUUUAACUAUAAUCGAUACAAAGAAUAUACGCUGCAACAUCUGUGGUACUUUUUAUCUUAGAAUGGACAAGUGUCAGGUGCAUAUUUGGGGGCACUUACAGAUGAAACCUUACAAGUGCACGGAGUGUGACUUUGCGACGGUAACUGUUACCAAUGUUCGUUGUCACAUUAGAAAAAGUCAUCUAAAAAUUAAACCGUUCGCGUGUAAUCUUUGCGAACGUAAAUACGCAACUGCCGUUUCAUUGGAAGAACAUAUUAAUUCUCAUACAGGUGACCGUCCGUAUAAAUGUAAACUUUGUAACUUUGCAAGCUCGAGUCGACAAAUGCUGAAUUAUCACAACAGUAGUCACAAACCAUUAAAGGAUAUUACAUGCAAAGUUUGUAACAAGGAGUUUUAUUCGAGGGGCAGAUUACGCGCGCACAUGAUCAUACACAAUAAAGACAAAGUUGUAAUGUGUCAAUUAUGCUCUGCGUAUUUAUCCAGUCAGGAAUCUCUAAACACGCAUCACAAGAACGUUCACAUGCAAGAUUACGUAUGUAACGUAUGUGGCAAAUGCACCAAAUCGAGGAAAGCUUUGCACAAUCAUCAAAAUGUUCAUUCCGCUGCGAAGUAUAAGUGUUCUCUGUGUCCAAAUGUAUACAAGAGUAGUCAAAUCUUGAAAGAACACCUUCUAAAACACGAAGGUAUUAGAAAAUACAAGUGUAACGUCUGCGGAAAAUCGUUUGCUCAACAAUCUCAUUUAGCAGCUCACAUGGCUGUUCAUAGUAAAAUUAGAUUUCAUUGUCCCGGGUGCAACAAAGCUUUUAACCGGCACGAUAACAUGAAAAUCCACACUAAACGGUGUAAACUAUUUCUCCAAAAUCCAGAUCUAAAAAAUGUUAUAACCAAGAGAAAAAGGACUACUUCGUUUAGGAAAACGACAGAAUUAAACGAAGAUUCAACGAGUGGGGGUACAACGUAUUCCGACACUAACGUUGAAAAUGAAACUGUAGAUUCAUUAGGGCAGAGCGAAGUCAAGAACGAAAAAUGUAAGAUGAAUCUCUGUAAAUUAGGACUGAAUAUUUCUUACAUCAACCCCGUGGAUAAAACAUGGAGUCACGAUAGUAUGUAUAACGAAGCAGGUGGAAGUACGGGAUCUGUCAACAUUAAUUUAAUUCAAAUCGCAAAUAUCAACGAGACCAUAAUUCCAGAUAGCGAAAAUCUAAUUCGCGAGAACAUAUUAGGGCCAGAAAGUUUUUAACAGUAUUUUUGUAGACGCGUAGAUGAAGUGAACUCGAAUGUGUUUCAAACGAAUGCUGUGAAUCGUCCACCUUGUAAUUAUGGUGCACAAAAGUACAAACGCACAGUAUAACAAACGUUAUUUGUAAGUACUUGAACCUCAAGUCCAAAAUAUUAGGGUAAUCCAAUUGACAGUACAGUGUUUUGGAUUACUUAUACUCGAUAUAUUGAUACAAUCAUUCCUGUGCUUUAAUAGAUUAGAAUUUCAAUCAGAACUUUAGAUCUAAGGUUACGUUAAUAUUUUUCUAACGAUAUUGUACCAUAUUUUUUCAUAUUCGAUUAGACUUAGAUAGACUAUUACAAGAAAACCGAUCUGCACGAACGAUAAUUUGAUUAGUGAUAUUUUUGUAUACUCGAACGAUAUUUAAUUUUGUAGCGUUCGCGCGUUUCGGUUUUCGGUUUACGAGUUAGCGAGCUCAUCCUUGAUGGAAACUUCAAUUCCACGACCAAAGAAAGCGCCAUUUUAUUCUUUAACUAGCAAAGGAAGUUACGUCAAGGUAAAACGAGGUACCUUUACGCUUAUUUCAGUGAUAAGGAAGGAAAUAAGACUGAUAAUCGCUAUUAAAAUUCGUAACGAGAAGUUCCUAUCUAAAACAAUUAGGCCUAAAAAAUUUGAUGUUUUGCAUUUUCAUCGUGAUCAUGAUUGUACCGAUGUAUUAAUCAUUUUGUUUACUAUUAACUUAAGAAAACUAAGCGGAAUACUUGCCAUUGAAACCAAACGUAAUGUUGAUAAUGCGAAAUAAAGAAAUUUUCUUUUUGAA